CCCACCACCACCAGACCAGAGCGCGCGAACAAAAACCCCAGGCCCAGGCGGCGCCGCCUCCCCCUCCCCCAGCAAAUCAAAUCCCCCCACGAGAGCUUUCGAUCCCCGCGCACCCAUCCCGAUCUCGAUCCCCCCCACCGCAACUCCUUGCGCGCUUCGCGAUCUCGAUCCGCCUCCCGCAAGUGCUCCUCCGCUUUCCUUCUCCCCCGAUCCAUCCAUGCUUCCCGAUCUGGCUCCUUCCACUCCCGCCGCGGCGGCGGCGGAGGUGGUGGAGGUGGAGCGGCCGUGGCCGCCGCCGAUCAGGAUGAAGCUCGCGCCCUACGCCAUGUACCGCGUGUUCAGCGCGGGCCCGGCCGGGGAGAAGCUCGGCUGCGCCUACGUGGCGCUCCACUUCGCGCUCUACGCCGCCAGGGCGCUCGCCCUCUCGCCGGUCGCCGAGCGGGCCGCGUUCUGGUCCCCCGUCCACGCCGCGCUCCAGUGCCUCUGCUACGCCGCCACGGCGCUCGUCGCGUGCGCCUUCAUCCGCUGGUACAUGGCCGUCGACGGGGUCUAUGUCGUCGAGUUCGAUCCGCCGCCGGAGCUGCUGGCGGUGGGUGCGGUGGCGGCGGCGGCGGAGCAGGUGCAGCCCCCGUCCCCGCCUCCUCCGGCGAUGGACAUGUGUUAGGUUUGGACUAGCCCCGUGCGGUAUGUGUUCCCUUGCCUGAAUUGCGUUUUCUAACCCCAUUGCAGGUUGUGAUUUCCCUUCUCGAGGUACGUGCCCUCCCCCUGACCUGUCUUUGACUCGACAUUUGUUACUGCAUAACGUCUUGGAUUGUCGUAUUGCUUAAUUGUGCUGCUACUGGCAUUAGCUUUUUCAUGGGCUUUGGUUUUCUGUAACUGAGAUCUGAAAGACCUGGAUUUUAGGUUCGGCAUAUAGUUAUCUCCACUGUAGAUGGCAAUUGUUAGAUGGUCUGGCACAUAUUGCUUUGCCUAUGGUAGAUUGGAUGAGUUUGUUUACAUUUAGUGUAGUAUCUCGCUAAGAAAAGGACGUGAAACAUCACCAGUGUGCUGUUUUGGGCUGUAGGGAUAUUCUGUUUUUGUUCAUGCAAAAAUUUUUUGGUCAAAAUAUACUGAAUUACCAUAAUCACAACCUGCUGACACACAAAGCUGAAAUCAUUCUUAAUUUUCAGAAGAAAUAGUUUUAACAAAAUGUUAGCCAGCAAACCACACCAGAAAAUUUUCUUUUCCAGAUUGCCUUACUAAACUGUUAAAUUCAUCUAAUGGUAAAAUAACAUCUUGGGUCACUCUGUGGCAUGGGUGUGGUGUCAUACUGUGGAAAGUUACAAGUAACAAUAAUGUAGACCAUCUCACUAUAUUUGGUUUCUUAAUGCUUACUUGCUCAAGUUUUGUUGACAGGUAGCAGUUAUGAUUAUCUUUAUUUUUUGUGAAAUACAUUCUUGUCAUAAUUCCUUGCACGGGCAUGAAACAGUAGUCAUGAUUAUCAUGUUUUGCUAGCCAUUGUUUUUCUAACCCAUGUUUGAAGUUUAUGCUUACUGCAGAUUUAGACUCCUUUGUUCCAGCCUUCCAGGUAUGUACAUUUCCCUUAUGUGCUCCAGUUAUGAUUUUGUUCUUCUUAAUUUCACAAAUACUGUACUAGGUUUUCAUAUGCAAUACAUCUCCUGUGAUUGAUUGGACUUAUACAGAUAUGUGGAACUCUACUUGUCAAUUAUACUAGUUGGGAGGUUAUGUUAGACUGAAAAGGCUGUCUCAAGUCCAAAAUAUUUUAGGCCCUCUAGAGUAACUAGAUUUAUUCAGAUCUGGAAUGGCAAUUAGAUAUUUUGGCAGAAUUGCCUUUGCCUCUGCUAGAUUCAAUCAAGUUUAGUUCCAUUUAGUUUAGUUCCCUGGUAGCUGUGGAACACACAUUUGUGAACAGCAGGUGCCGACAGUACUUAUUUUCCCAAAAUUUUGUCAACAGAUUCUGAGUUACUGUUGGGGCUUGGUACUUCGGUUGAUCACUUUACUCACUGUCUUAUAGCUUAAAAAGUUGCUUACUAAGACAUGUUUGCUCUGUUUCUAUUCAUGCAGGGUCUUCGCCUAAGCAGUGCACCAGAGGUGACGAUCUGGCUUCACCAGUUAAGGCGAGCGCACUAUCAAGUUGAAGCCAAUCCUGGAACAUAUCAAGGAUGAUCGCCAUUGCAGUGUAACAGAGAUGACGAUCUGGCCUCACCAGCUAAGGCGAGUGCACUACGAAGUCGUGAAGCCAAGCCUGGAACGUAUCAAGUGAUGAUGUACUGUGUGAUUAAGACACCAGUUAAGUCAAGCUGGCACGACAGCGUUGAGGUUUUUCUUUUAAAGGGCGGCAUCAAUGAAGCGGGCUGGUGAAGAAAUGGGAUGAUGAAAGGACUCCGGUGGACAGCAAACAAAGGAGGAGUCACGUGUGAAAGUGAAGAUGCAAAUCACAUGAGGAGGCAGUGGAUUUCAUCCAGUGGCCGAGGACAAAAUCGAAUUGAGUGUGGCAAAAUCCAAUACACGGCUUCUUAUUCCUUCCUCUGAGCUCAGAUCGGAAGCACAAGAGUACAAGAUGACUGUAGCCAUGAGCCAUGACACCCACUCCGCCAUUCAUGGCCGAAUCAAGGUAUGGCGAGCGCCAUACCUCGCCAUACUGGGUUCUCCACCCAUGAUUUCAUCACAUGUAAAGCAGUCUGAAUGUGAAGAUGUAAUGAGAUCACUGCCCUUGAAUAUUCUUCCAAUAGAGUUGUUGAGUUGUACCGUCCUAUGGACACUAAGGUGCCAAUUUUGGCAGAAUUUUUGUCAAUAGCAGACUUUCCGGACCUGGAAAUUUUGGUUAAAUACAACUGUUGUUCAUAAAAUGUACCUUUAUCCAAAAUUCAAUUGGAAUUUUGAUAAA